AUGAACGUACUGACCUCCCUCUCGGAUCUGCUUUGCAUCCUGCUCUUCGCUGCUCAGAUCAUUCCCAUCCGCUGCUUCUCGUGCGGCAAGGUGAUUGGCGACAAGUGGAACGCCUACCUUGCCCUCCUCCUCGACGGCCGUACCGAGGGUGAGGCGCUCACCGAACUCGACCUCAAGCGCUACUGCUGCCGCCGAAUGGUGCUCACCCACGUCGACCUCAUCGAGAAGCUCCUUCACUACAACAUCCACGAGCGCAGGGUUCAGGCCUAA